UAAAAUUCGAUAUGAAAGUAACGUCAAAACUUAUUGACAGCAAUUCACGGGUUUGACAUACUUAGUACAUUUCAAAAAUCAAAACAGAAAAGGUAAACAUUAAAUUUCCUAUUAUAAAUUGUGUUAAUUUGUUGCUGUUAAUAUUUCUACAUUAUUAUUUCAAAGUUUUACUACAGUGAAAUUAAAAAAUGAGAAAUAAACCUGCAAGAACUUUAAUUGUUCUUGGUUCUGGUGGACAUACUGCAGAAAUGGUUGAAAUAGUAAAAAAUUUGGACAAAACAAAGUACACUCCAAGAGUUUACGUCGUUGCAAAUACUGAUAAAACUAGCAAAAAUAAAAUAAAAAAUAUAGAAGAAGCAUUAUCUGACAAAUCUUUUGAGUUGUACGAGAUACAUCGAAGUAGAGAAGUUAAGCAAAAUUAUUUUUCAUCAGUGUUUAGCACACUAUUAGCAAUUUUAUCAGCAUUUCCGUUAAUUUAUAAAAUACAGCCUGAUUUAGUUUUAUGUAAUGGUCCUGGGACUUGUGUUCCUAUCUGUCUUGUAGCAUUUUUAUUUCGAAAAAUGCACAUAAUUCCAAAAUCUUGCAAAAUUGUAUUUUUAGAAAGUUAUUGUCGCGUUAACACUAUUUCAUUAACUGGCAAAAUAUUACUACACAUUGUAGAUAUGUUUGUUGUACAGUGGCCCCAACUGGAAAGUGGAAAAACUCAAUAUUUAGGAAAGCUUAUGUGAACUAUUUGAUUAAACUUGUAAUAUAUUUCUAAAGUUAAUUUGUAAUAUACUUGAGGUACACAAAUAAAAAACAAAACAAGUAUGUAUGUAAAUAAAAA